AAAAAAUCCCAUCCCCCCUUUUCCUAUCAAUGAGUUCGGCCAAUCCAUUCACAACAAGCAAGAAAAAAUCUCUGCACAUCAUAUUCCAUAGCUACACUUUGAGCUCAAACAAAGGGAGGUCCAAGUAAGAAGAAAGGAUGGUGGAAAUGAGGAAAAAGUUGUGAAAUCAAGGUAACGAAUUCAUUAGUAUUAUUCAUCCUUCAUUUUUAUCUCAUAUGAUUUUAUAAAUCAUAUGAUAGACACAUAAGCUUUUUCUACACUCCUAGAGGUAGAAUGAGGGGUUGGAAGGAUAGGUUUAACCAUGAACGGAUUUAUGACCGGAGUAAGACCGGUUCGCCGGAAAAUACCUUCUCGGGAGGUUUUCAUAUUUAUACCGCUUUUGGUUUGUGAAACAUUGUUAGGAAUUUUACCAAGGUAUUCUAGACUUCUCAAAGAAUCUAGGAGUGGCCGGAAAAGUCGCCGGAGCCGCCGGAGUUUUCGCCGGAAAAUUCCAAAAGUCGCCGGAGUCCAAACGAAGAGGAUAAAGCUUGCUAGCGUCAUUUCGAGGUUGAAGCUAGAGUUUACUUCCUACACCCGUUGUUCGGGAGAUCGAUGGAGAGAAGAUGUGAUUCGUGCUUCCUCUGGUUCUAUUUCUAAAUAAUUAAAUAAUGCUCAUGCAACUAUUUUUGACUUAUAAAUUAAUGGAGCCUGUGAGCUCUUGUUUUACCCUUGUGUGGGUUCUUAUUAAACACUUAUAUUCUGCUAUGUGUUUAUUUGUAUGUUGAUGUUGUUAUGUAUGUUUACUAAUCAAUUUUGGCAUAUGUAUCUAUCGGACGUCUUGUGCAAUUUAGUAAGGAUGAACUGCAGUUAUUCUUAUUGGGUUGUACGACGGUUGUCUACGUGGUACAGACGCG